AUGAGGAUCUCUGGCUUAUCCCGCACCAAAUUAGUCAUCGGAGGCUUCGACAUCAGAGCUAAGACCCAUACCUCGGAAGAUCAGUUCUACAAAGUCAUGGCAAAUGCUCAUGCGCUGUUCCCUGCGAUUCAAGGUGUUGGUGUCCAUGGCUACUAUACCGUGACAGGUCCUCCUGAAGCUGAGGUGUUGACUUUCAGUGGAUCCACUUGGCAGGAACUGCUCAAGGUUUUGCCAGACAUUGGGACGGUCAGCGCAGGCUAUGACAUUAGGGCUUCUCGAUUAAUCUCACGACAGACUGUCACGGAAAAGACAGAAGAGUUUGCAGCUGUAUAUAAGAAGAUUGGUCCUACUAAGGAAGCACCAUCGAAUGGCUUGCCAAACCUCUCUAUAUCUGGCACCCUCACCAUCAGUCCCAAGCCCGUCAACAACGCUUUACAUCCUUCCUGGCGAAACGCUACCGUCUAUCUAAUCACAGGUCAAAGCUGGACUGACUCCACAAACGACACUGCAGUCAGAAAUAUUAUCCACGAUGUGACAUAUAGAAAACUCACAUUGCUGAGGGAAUUGGAUCUUGCCCAAGGAGUCUACUUGAACGAGCCUGACUGGCAGUGGUCUUUCUGGGGACCAAACUACGCACGGCUUCGUGAUAUCAAGGAGAGGUAUGAUCCUGAAGGCCUCUUGUGGUGUCCUCAGUGUGUUGGUAGUGAGGAUUGGGUCCAGCGACAGAAUGGUAGACUUUGCCGAGUUUUUACCCCUUGA